UCAUCAAGAAGCAUGAAGCAAUCACGCCAACACAACAUUGCUUUACUGUUGCGGCGGUCGUACAGAAGAGCUGUGCACCUUUUAUACCAUGGGCGAAACCAAGAAAAGCACUUCCUCCUCUUUCCCCAUGUUGAUUGUUAGUUCCUUUGUCGUGAUACUAUUGGGGAUCCUUCUCGCAAGCCCCCAGCCCGACCUGAAAUGGGAGGAGGACAUUCUGCCAUUGGCUCGACAAUAUGCUACCAAGAAUGGUGGCAGUACUGGUUAUCCACUGGAUGGAGUCAAGGUCGUGAUUACUGGAGCGACCAAUGGAAUUGGGCUCGGUCUAGUCAAACGAUUCACAUCCAUGGGAGCCACUGUGAUUGCCCUGGGUCGGUCGCCCACCAAACUCCAGGCGCUGCAGAACCAGAUAGGCAAUACUGGCAAUAAAUUGGUGACAGUGCAAGUCCAGUUGGAAGAUUUGGAAUCGGUUCAAAAGGCUUCGAACGAAAUAUCCAGUCAGUUUGACAGUAUCGACAUGCUCAUCAACAAUGCCGGCAUUCAUUAUUCGUCAGGAAACCACCACCACAAGAACGGAGCAUCACCUACCACUGCCCAAGGGAUUGAUCUAUCCUAUGGAAUCAAUUAUCUGUCACAUUUCUUGUUGACAGAGAGAUUCCUGCCUUUGCUGCAGAACUCGACCCAUCAUCCUGCCGUCAUUCAGAUCUCCUCUACGUUUCACUUUGGAGCGGAUGGAAGUGAACUCGUUGUAGAUGACGACAAGAACAACGAUAAUGACAACAAUCAAGAACCUCUACCAUUGGUAGCCGCACCCGGAGGAUUAAAGGGAUUUUAUAGCGACCAAAGGGCUUAUGCCAACUCCAAACUAGCACAAUUACUACACGCCCGAGCCUUGCAACGACGGUAUCCCAACAUUCGAUUCAAGAGCAUUUGUCCCUGCUGGGUAGGAACUGGCAUUGCCGGUAGAAACGUCUAUGGGUUUUUCCUGGGGCGGAUUGCAUUUCCGCAUGAUAGCUUUGGCAUCAAGUCGGCACUCGUGGCGGCGUUGGAUAUCAAGGCAGGGAACGAUCAAGAUUACUUUUCCAACUCGCAUUGGACGCAGGCUCCCAACGUCCUGAUGCCCAAACUAUUCUAUGCACCGUGGGUAUAUCGGCACACACCCGUGCGUGAUGCCAUUGUGCAAGGCUUUGCAGGACUUCUUCUACCAAUGCAAAAGUUUGUGGCAUCAGUACAAGCACGACAAUCAUCGCCGGAAUCCUACAAUGAAACCUUGCAAGAGGCGCUCUAUCAGUGGAGCUAUCAAACUGUCAGAGAGUAUCUGGUAGAAUAAAAGGCAGAUACUAGCUGGAUUUGUCCUUGAUGAAACUCUGUGAGAAGGUUUCAAUGGAUAAUCAUGGGUGACUCCUACUAGUUCUCUCUUGUCAGCAUUAAAUUAACUUCCUCAAGUUCGUCUGGGAUUUGGUCCUAGAGGUGGACAAGGGUAGUUUCUGGUGUGGAAUGUGGAGUGGGGCUUGUAGAUGGUACGGUUGCGGUGCCAGGAGAUGGCCAUGAUGUUGAUGGCCCGUGGUAGCGGGAGUGGGGCCCCGAGAAGGACGGUGUUGAUGGACCACUUGCUUCUUGCUUGUGGGGCCUUUGUGGGGCCUUUGUGGGGGACCAAAUUAUGGCGCUAGAGUAGGUACUGGAGUCGGACCAGGUGUUCGUCGAGAUCUACCGGUAGGUCCAGGCAUUGGUAUGGGAGUGGGCCGUGGUGGUGAUGGGCCUAGCUAGACUCCAGUAGGGAACAUGGUGGGCAACAGCAGGAAGGCUAGCAAACACACCACUUUGGCCGUCGUGGAAGCAUGAAUUAUCGAUCAAAAAUCAACCGAUUUGGUUUACAACCGAUUUGGUUUACUAGUAAACAAAACGAUAAAGUUUAUGAAUAUUUCGUUAAAAAUACCAAAAUGAUUGUCCACGACC